UUUGUGGGCUCGGGCACUGUGGUAAGCGCGGCCUCGUGGUGCCGCAGUCUGAGGAGGCCCUAGGAAGGAAAGUGGAAGUCAGACUUCCACUGCAUCUUCUUCUCUGUGCAGUCUAAUUUUGAGCUGCUUCUUUUUGUAGUACCAAGAGACUAGAUCGCCCGUUCUAUAUUAGCCCAUACAUUUCUCUGGGAAGUCUUGUGUGUACGCAUUACACCACCACCAUGGCUCAGCUCCAGACACGCUUCUACACUGACAACAAGAAAUAUGCAGUAGAUGAUGUUCCUUUCUCAAUCCCUGCAGCUUCUGAAAUUGCUGACCUUAGUAACAUCAUCAAUAAAUUGCUGGAAGCCAAAAAUGAGUUCCACAAACAUGUGGAGUUUGAUUUCCUUGUCAAGGGCCAGUUUCUACGAAUGCCCUUGGUUAAACACAUGGAACUGGAGAACAUCUCAUCAGAAGAGGUUGUGGAACUAGAGUACGUGGAGAAGUACACUGCACCUCAGCCAGAGCAAUGCAUGUUCCACGAUGACUGGAUCAGUUCAGUAAAAGGGGCAGAGGAAUGGAUCUUGACUGGCUCUUACGAUAAGACUUCUCGAAUCUGGUCCUUGGAAGGAAAGUCGAUAAUGACAAUUGUGGGACAUACGGAUGUUGUUAAAGAUGUGGCCUGGGUGAAAGAAGAUAAUUUGUCUUGCUUACUACUGAGUGCUUCUAUGGAUCAAACUAUUCUCUUAUGGGAGUGGAAUAUAGAGAGAAACAAAAUGAAAGCCCUGCACUGCUGCAGAGGUCAUGCUGGGAGUGUGGAUUCUAUAGCUGUUGAUAGCACAGGAACUAAAUUCUGCAGUGGCUCCUGGGAUAAGAUGCUAAAGAUCUGGUCUACAGUCCCUACCGAUGAAGAAGAUGAAACGGAGGAAUCCAUAAAUCGACCCAGAAAGAAACAGAAAACAGAGCAGUUGGGACUAACAAGGACUCCCAUGGUGACCCUCUCUGGCCACAAGGAAGCAAUUUCUUCAGUUCUCUGGUCAGAUGCUGAAGAAGUCUGCAGUGCAUCUUGGGACCAUACGAUUAGGGUAUGGGAUGUUGAGGCUGGCAGUCUUAAGUCAACUUUGACAGGAAAUAAAGUUUUUAAUUGUGUCUCCUAUUCACCACUUUGUAAACGGUUAGCAUCUGGGAGCACAGAUAGGCAUAUCAGACUGUGGGAUCCCCGAACUAAAGACGGUUCUUUGGUGUCACUGUCCCUAACGUCACAUACAGGAUGGGUCACAUCAGUAAAGUGGUCUCCUACUCAUGAACAGCAGCUGAUCUCAGGUUCUUUAGAUAACUAUGUCAAGCUAUGGGAUACAAGAAGUUGUAAAGCUCCUCUCUAUGAUCUCGCUGCUCAUGAAGACAAAGUUCUGGGUGUAGACUGGACAGACACAGGGUUACUUCUGAGUGGAGGAGCAGACAAUAAAUUGUAUUCCUACAGAUAUUCACCUACCACUUCCCACGUGGGGGCAUGAAAGUGAAUGAUAAUUUGACUGUAGAGAUUCUUUCUAUAAAUGAAAUCAGUAAAGAAUUCUCAGAUUACACAGACCUGCAGGCCAACUCAUCAGAAAACAGCCUUUUGGAUUACACUUUAUAUAAGGUUUUCACCCUUGAUAGUAGUUAACAUGUCAUUGUGUUUUUCUUCUUUAUUUUGUAUUUAUAAAAUGACAGUUUUUGUUUAUAAAAUAUAAAAUGUAGCCUGCAUUCUCUACCUUAUGCUAAACUCUUGAAAUUAAGUCGAGUUUUUUUGUUUUGUUUUUUUCCAAAGGUA